AGUAUGAAUCGACUGUUUUGUGCAUUGUCAAAGUUCGAGAGUUCCUCUAUCAGUAACAAAAUGGCGUAAACAUGGCAUUGUCGCGCGACGCCGAUAGGAUGUUUUCCGCUCUUGGAGCAGGAAAGCUUGAUGAGGACAUCAAUCAGCUGAUUCAAGCUCCUGAAGAAGAAGAGGAAUUUGAUAUUUUGAACGAUGAAACUUUUGGUGAUCUUGGAGAUGCUGAUUACGACUGGGAAGAUGAGCACAAGCGGCUGGCAAAGGAGCUGGAGGGCUCCAGUUUCUUCGACAGUCCACGGGAGGAGAACCACACAAGGGACUCUGGCUUUGUCACCAUGGACCGAGGGCUGUCCACCACAACCAGCACCAUCCAGGAGGAUGAGCUUGAGCGCUCUAUACGACGUCUAGUUGUGGAGGACCAUGACAGCAAAGCGUUUACCGCCUUUGGACAACCCAUCCCCGGGGCCCAGAGACAGUCUCAUCUCGAUGAGCUCUUCGGCCCCAACUCCCCGCCCGGAUACAUGGAAUUGGAGGGCUUGGCAUCAUCAGCAGGGAAGAAUAUCUGGGGCUCACCUUCUGCGGACAACCCAUUCCAGAAGCCGGUGAACAACACCCUCCAGGCCCUCUUUGCCUCCGCUAAGCAAGCUGCCCUCAGGGAUUUCCCAGGGGUGUUUCAAGAUGCGAGGUCCACGCCCAUCCCAGCACCGUCAAUGCCUUUGCCCCCGGAGGUCCCCACUUUGGCAGAGAUUGAGCACAGCAUGCUAGCCCGAGAGCACCAGAAGCCUCAGGUGCUGACCGCCGCUGAACUGGAGCGGCAGCUGCGCGGGGAGGCGCCUCUUCCCGCUGAACCCAAGCCUGCCCCAUUCCCCCCCAUGCCCACUGCUCAGAUUCCUCCUGUUGGUGCUGCUGUGGCGUUCAGGAAACAG